AAAAAUUCCCCUUAAACUUAAUCCCGAGGGAUCCGUUGAACGGUUAAGUGUUGGAGUUUAAUAAACUGUUUAAUUAAGGACGCGUCAGAUCGGCAGGGAACAGUGUCGUGCGCGCGCGCGUCCCACAGCCAUGCUGGUGAUAGCGCUCGUGUUUUUAACGAGCAUCUUCGCAGAGGCACGGCCUUUCAACAUAACCCACCUCAUAGUCCCCGAAAUCGUACCCCCCGGGCUAGAAGAAGUCGAAAUCGAGUGCAGAUACGACGCCAACUUCACUCUCCUCAACUGGUUUAAAGGCUCUAAUGAGUUUUUCCGUUACAAACCUGGAUCAGCACCGAGUACGAGAUCCUUUCCUAUCCUCGGAGUUGGGAGAGUGGAACUGGUCGCUUGCGGACCGACGGCUUGCCGCCUCAAACUUGGCGCGUUGACGGAAGACGCUACUGGAUUAUACAGAUGUGAUAUCGAAAGAGAUGUACCGCCAUACAGAUUUGCUACCCGAAAAGCGUAUAUGGAAGUUCACGGACAUGUGCAUAGGAAACCGAUCCUCGAAGGGUUGGCUGGAGAAUUCGGAGAAGGGGAUGUGAUGAAGGCAUACUGUAGAGGAGCUCCUGACACCGAACUGCGCUGGUAUAUAAAUGGUAGAGAACUAGAAGAGUUAAGAGGUUCAACAGUUUUGAAGAAGACAAGUUCGAGAUUACUAUUCCUUGGUAUACCACCGAUGGUCACCGUACAGUGCGCUGAAUACAGAUUCGGAAAAUUGUUCGGGUCGAAUCAAGAAAAGGCGCGAUGGAAAGACCAUGGCGGUCAGGAUGAAAGGCCACAAGAACAAAGAAAUAAAUCGGGUAUAUUAAAAGUGCAUUCCAUAUUUGUUUGUAUUAGUUUAGUAUUUGUUGACGUUGUGAAAUAUUUUGUUUGUGAUUAGAUAAGAUUAAGAAAAGCUAAAUAAUGAAAUCAGUUCCUCGAAAGAAAGUUUUAUUGUUCUUUAUAUUGCAAGAUGUAAUUAUAUUUUUGUCACGUGGAUAAGAGAAAUAUCUAUAUAUUAUGUAAUAAAUUUAUUUAUAAAAAUUAUAGCUUUUC